CCCCGUUUCUCAUCUUAAAUGGUCAGUGAAAACAAGAGGAUGUACAUUCCAGAAGAAAACCACCAAGGUUCCAACUAUGCGAGUCCCCGUCCUGUCCAUGCCAACAUGAAUGCCAAUGCAGCUGCAGGGCUUGCACCCGAGCAUAUCCCUACUCCAGGUGCAGCCCUUUCCUGGCAGGCUGCUAUUGAUGCUGCCAGGCAGGCCAAAUUGAUGGGUGCUGCUGGCAAUGCAACAAUAUCCACUGCCAGCUCAACGCAGAGGAAGCGGCAGCAGUACGGGAAACAGAAAAAACAGGGUACCACCACAGCUACACGGCCUCCCCGGGCGUUGCUGUGUUUAACACUGAAAAAUCCCAUCCGGAGGGCAUGCAUCAGUAUUGUUGAAUGGAAAUAUCCUUUUUGACCAUUUGAAAUUAUUAUUUUACUGACUAUUUUUGCCAAUUGUGUGGCCUUAGCUAUCUAUAUCCCCUUUCCAGAAGAUGAUUCCAACGCUACCAAUUCCAAUCUGGAACGAGUGGAAUAUCUCUUUCUCAUAAUUUUUACAGUGGAAGCAUUUUUAAAAGUAAUAGCAUAUGGACUUCUCUUUCAUCCUAAUGCUUACCUCCGCAAUGGCUGGAAUUUACUAGAUUUUAUAAUUGUGGUAGUAGGGCUUUUUAGUGCAAUUUUAGAACAAGCAACCAAAGCAGAUGGAGUGAAUUCAAUAGGAGGCAAAGGCGCUGGAUUUGAUGUUAAAGCACUUCGGGCUUUCCGAGUAUUACGCCCCUUACGGCUGGUAUCUGGAGUUCCUAGCCUCCAGGUGGUUUUAAAUUCUAUUAUCAAGGCCAUGGUCCCUUUGCUGCAUAUUGCCCUGCUGGUGCUGUUUGUCAUAAUUAUCUAUGCCAUCAUUGGACUCGAGCUCUUCAUGGGGAAGAUGCACAAGACUUGUUACAUGUUAGGGGUAACAGACACACCGGCAGAAGACGAUCCCUCUCCUUGUGCGCCUCACUUAGCACAUGGGCGGCAAUGUCAGAAUGGCACCGAAUGCAGACCAGGAUGGGAGGGACCCAAGCAUGGCAUUACCAACUUUGACAACUUUGCCUUUGCCAUGUUAACUGUGUUUCAGUGCAUCACCAUGGAGGGCUGGACAGAUGUGCUCUACUGGAUGCAGGACGCUAUGGGCUAUGAAUUACCCUGGGUGUACUUUGUCAGUCUGGUCAUCUUUGGAUCCUUUUUCGUACUUAAUCUGGUUCUUGGUGUGUUGAGCGGAGAGUUUUCUAAAGAAAGAGAGAAGGCAAAAGCUCGAGGUGACUUUCAGAAGUUGCGGGAGAAACAGCAACUGGAGGAGGAUUUGAAAGGAUACCUGGAUUGGAUAACUCAAGCAGAAGAUAUUGACCCGGAAAAUGAAGAUGAAGGAAUGGAUGAGGAGAAGCCCCGAAACAUGAGCAUGCCCACCAGUGAGACAGAAUCUGUGAACACUGAUAACGUGGCAGGAGGUGAUAUCGAGGGAGAAAACUGCGGAGCACGGCUGGCACAUCGGAUCUCUAAAUCUAAGUUUAGCCGCUACUGGCGCAGAUGGAAUCGAUUCUGCAGACGGAAGUGUCGAGCUGCUGUCAAAUCCAAUGUGUUCUACUGGCUGGUGAUCUUCCUUGUGUUUCUCAACACCCUCACCAUUGCCUCUGAACAUUACAAUCAGUCAGACUGGCUCACUGAAGUCCAAGACACUGCGAAUAAGGUACUGCUGGCUCUUUUCACGGCUGAGAUGCUGCUGAAGAUGUACAGCCUGGGUCUUCAGGCCUAUUUCGUGUCUCUCUUCAACCGCUUUGACUGUUUCAUUGUGUGUGGAGGAAUCCUGGAGACCAUCUUGGUGGAAACCAAGAUCAUGUCACCACUGGGUAUCUCAGUGCUGAGAUGUGUCCGGCUGCUGAGAAUAUUUAAAAUCACAAGGUACUGGAACUCCUUGAGUAAUCUGGUGGCUUCCCUGCUCAACUCAGUCCGCUCCAUCGCCUCUCUGCUGCUGCUCCUCUUCCUCUUCAUCAUCAUCUUCUCCCUCUUAGGGAUGCAGCUCUUUGGGGGAAAGUUUAACUUUGAUGAGAUGCAAACCAGAAGAAGCACAUUUGACAACUUUCCCCAGUCGCUCCUCACUGUGUUCCAGAUCCUGACUGGGGAGGACUGGAACUCAGUGAUGUAUGAUGGAAUCAUGGCUUAUGGCGGCCCCUCUUUUCCAGGAAUGUUGGUCUGUAUUUACUUCAUCAUCCUCUUCAUCUGUGGAAACUACAUCUUGCUGAAUGUCUUUUUGGCCAUUGCUGUGGACAAUCUUGCUGAUGCUGAGAGCCUGACAUCUGCCCAAAAAGAAGAAGAGGAGGAAAAAGAAAGGAAAAAACUAGCUAGGACGGCCAGUCCUGAAAAGAAGCAGGAGCCUGAGAAGCCAGCUGUAGAGGGGGAGACGAAGGAGGAGAAAAUUGAGCUGAAAUCGAUCACUGCUGAUGGAGAGUCUCCGCCUACUAACAAGAGCAAUGUAGAUGAAUAUCAGCCUAAUGAAAAUGAAGAAAAGAAUCCCAAUCCUACCGCGGAAACACCAGGAGAGGAUGAAGAAGAAGAGCCUGAGAUGCCCGUUGGCCCUCGUCCACGCCCAAUGUCUGAAUUGCACCUCAAAGAGAAAGCAGUACCGAUGCCAGAUGCCAGCGCUUUCUUCAUCUUCAGCCCCAGCAACAGGUUUCGGGUCCAUUGCCACCACAUCGUUAACAAUAACAUUUUCACCAACCUGAUCCUCUUUUUCAUCUUGCUCAGCAGCAUCUCUCUGGCAGCUGAGGACCCUGUCCGUCACACCUCCGUUAGGAAUCAAAUCCUAGGCAAUGCAGAUUAUGUCUUCACUAGUAUCUUUACAUUAGAAAUUAUUCUUAAGAUGACCGCUUACGGGGCUUUCCUUCACAAAGGAUCCUUCUGCAGGAACUACUUCAACAUCCUGGACCUGCUGGUGGUUAGCGUUUCUCUCAUCUCCUUUGGGAUCCAGUCUAGUGCCAUCAACGUAGUAAAGAUACUACGAGUCCUGCGAGUGCUCAGACCGCUGAGGGCCAUCAACAGAGCCAAAGGACUGAAGCAUGUUGUCCAGUGCGUGUUUGUAGCCAUCCGGACUAUUGGGAACAUUGUGAUUGUCACCACAUUGUUGCAGUUCAUGUUUGCCUGCAUUGGAGUUCAGUUGUUCAAGGGCAAAUUGUACAGCUGCUCUGAUAGCUCCAAGCAAACAGAGGCAGAGUGCAAGGGCAGAUUUAUUACUUACAAAGAUGGGGAGGUCUCCCAACCAUUGAUCCUGUACCGAAACUGGGAGAAUAGCAAAUUUGAUUUUGACAACGUCCUCACUGCCAUGAUGGCCCUCUUCACCGUUUCCACCUUUGAAGGCUGGCCAGAACUGCUGUACCGAUCUAUUGAUUCUCAUCUGGAAGAUGUGGGGCCCAUCUAUAACCACAGGGUGGAGAUCUCCAUUUUCUUCAUUAUCUACAUCAUCAUCAUCGCUUUCUUCAUGAUGAACAUCUUCGUUGGUUUCGUCAUCGUCACUUUUCAGGAGCAAGGAGAGCAGGAGUACAAGAACUGUGAGCUGGACAAGAACCAGCGUCAGUGUGUAGAAUAUGCCCUGAAGGCCCGCCCCCUGCGAAGGUACAUCCCUAAAAACAAGUACCAGUACAAAGUGUGGUAUGUGGUGAACUCCACCUACUUUGAAUACCUGAUGUUUGUCCUCAUCCUGCUGAACACCAUCUGCCUGGCCAUGCAGCACUAUGGUCAGAGCUGCCUCUUUAAGGAAGCAAUGAACAUUCUCAACAUGCUGUUCACCGGCCUCUUCACUGUCGAGAUGGUCUUGAAAUUAAUUGCCUUCAAACCCAAGGGUUACUUUAGUGAUCCUUGGAAUGUUUUUGACUUCCUCAUCGUAAUUGGCAGCAUUAUAGACGUCAUUCUCAGUGAAACUAAUCACUAUUUCUGUGAUGCAUGGAAUACAUUUGACGCCUUGAUUGUUGUGGGUAGCAUUGUUGAUAUAGCAAUCACCGAGGUGAACCCAGCUGAACAUACCCAAUGCUCUUCCUCUAUGAAUGCAGAGGAAAACUCUCGCAUCUCAAUCACCUUUUUCCGACUCUUCCGUGUGAUGCGUCUGGUGAAGCUCUUGAGCCGAGGGGAGGGCAUCCGCACGCUGCUUUGGACCUUCAUCAAAUCCUUCCAGGCUCUCCCCUAUGUGGCUCUUUUAAUAGUGAUGCUGUUUUUUAUCUAUGCUGUGAUCGGGAUGCAGGUGUUUGGUAAAAUUGCCUUGAAUGAUACUACAGAUAUCAACCGGAACAACAACUUUCAGACUUUCCCUCAAGCAGUGCUGCUGCUUUUCAGGUGUGCUACUGGUGAAGCAUGGCAGGAAAUCAUGCUGGCAUGCCUCCCUGAUAAGAAGUGUGACCCUGAUUCCUUGGAAACAACCAACUUUAAUGGAACUGAAUCUCAGCAAAGCUGUGGAAGCAGCUUUGCCAUCUUUUAUUUCAUUAGUUUCUACAUGCUUUGUGCCUUUCUAAUCAUUAAUCUUUUUGUAGCUGUUAUCAUGGAUAACUUUGACUACCUGACACGGGACUGGUCAAUUCUUGGGCCUCAUCAUCUGGACGAGUUUAAACGGAUUUGGGCUGAAUAUGAUCCUGAAGCUAAGGGACGCAUCAAACAUCUAGAUGUGGUGACACUCCUGCGUCGGAUACAGCCUCCACUGGGCUUUGGCAAGCUCUGCCCUCAUCGAGUGGCUUGUAAACGCCUUGUCUCCAUGAAUAUGCCUCUGAAUAGUGAUGGGACUGUCAUGUUUAAUGCCACCCUUUUUGCACUGGUCAGAACUGCGCUGAGGAUUAAAACAGAAGGUAACUUGGAGCAAGCCAAUGAAGAGCUGCGUGCUAUCAUUAAGAAAAUCUGGAAGCGUACCAGUAUGAAGCUGCUGGAUCAGGUUGUCCCCCCAGCAGGUGAUGAUGAGGUAACCGUUGGAAAGUUCUAUGCCACAUUCCUAAUCCAAGAAUAUUUCCGGAAAUUCAAGAAACGCAAAGAACAGGGCCUUGUUGGUAAACCUUCACAGCGAAAUGCACUUUCCCUCCAGGCUGGUCUGCGUACAUUACAUGACAUUGGGCCAGAGAUCCGACGGGCUAUCUCUGGAGAUUUAACUGCUGAAGAAGAGUUAGACAAGGCCAUGAAAGAAGCUGUUUCUGCUGCCUCUGAGGAUGAUAUCUUCAGAAGAGCUGGUGGGUUGUUUAGAAAUCAUGUCAGCUACUACCAGAGUGAUGGAAGAAGUUCAUUCCCUCAAACAUUCACCACUCAGCGCCCUUUGCACAUCAACAAAUCUAGCAACAACCAAGGAGACACGGAAUCCCCCUCCCAUGAAAAGCUUGUGGAUUCCACCUUCACUCCAAGCAGCUACUCCUCGUCGGGCUCCAAUGCUAACAUCAACAAUGCCAACAACACUGCCUUGAGCCGCUUCCCCAGCCCACCAAGGUACCCCAGCACUGUCAGCACUGUAGAAGGCCACAGCACCCCUCUGUCGCCCUCUGCACGGAUCCGGGAACCCCCAUGGAAGCUUGGUUGCAGAAGGUCCUGUUCUAGAGACAGCCAGGUGGCUAUUGUUUGUGAGGAGGAGGCUUCUCAGGAAGAAGAAACAUAUGAUGAGCAACUGAAUGAAGAAGUCGAAUACUGCAGUGAGCCAAGCCUGAUGUCUACUGAAAUGCUCUCAUACCAAGAUGAUGAACACAGACAGCUAACUCUUCCUGAAAACAGCAAAAGGGAAGAUACCAGACACUCUCCAAAGAGGGGGUUCCUGCGUUCCUCAUCACUAAAUCGAAGAGCAUCUUUUCACCUGGAAUGUCUAAAAAGACAGAAAAAUCCAAGUGCAGUAGGCCCACAAAAGACAGUACUACCUUUGCAUCUGGUACAUCAACAGGCACUAGCAGUCGCAGGUAUGAGUCCUCUUCUUCAAAGACGCCAUUCGCCGAUAAGAGCCACUCGAUCAUGUGCCACACCCUUCACUACACCGUGUACAGAGAGUUGGCCAGAGCAGCCCAUUAAAACCUUACAGCUGGAUGGAAACGAAUCCAAUGAGAAACUCAAUAGUAGUUUCCCAUCAAUACAGUGCAGCUCCUUAUAUUCUGAUGGCACUAGCUCUGGCAGUACUCGAAAAGCGAGGCCAGUCUCCCUCACAGUUCCCAGCCAGACUAGAGAGUGUGGGAGGCAAUUUCACGGCAGUGCUAACAGCCUUGUAGAAGCGGUCUUGAUUUCUGAAGGACUGGUGCAGUUUGCUCAAGAUCCAAAGUUCAUUGAGGUCACGACCCAAGAGUUAGCGGAUGCCUGUGACUUGACGAUAGAAGAGAUGGAGAAUGCUGCAGACAAUAUUCUCAAUGGUAACAGCAAGCCAAGCCCAAAUGGCAACCUCUUGCCUUUUGUUAACUGCAGGGACUCAGGGCAGGACUGUAUGGGAGAGGAAGAAGCAGCAGCCCAGAACCCAGAUUGUAAAAAAAGUCAAGAGGAGUCUAAGGACAGCAGGAUUUAUAUCAGCAGCCUGUAGUUGCCAAGGCUGAAAGUAAUGCUGGUUUUUUAAUUUGUUUCAAUGUUCCUAAUGGGUUUGUUUCAGAAGUGCCUCACUGUUCUCGUGACCUGGAGUAACCAGAACAGCGUUCUUCAUUCGUUUCUGUUGGGACGAGUCGCAGAGUUGGGUGGUGUAAAAGAGCUUUUCAAGAGUGAAUAUACAACCCCAGCAUGUGUCCAUGAAGGAGAAGGAGGAGAGUGAGCUCCCUCCUCCUUUCAGUCCCUGCACAAGGAACAACGGCUGCUUCCUGAAUAUGAAGGAAAACCUCAGCUUCCUGUGGAUGGCCCUAGUCAAAAGGACACUGCAUCAAACGGGUGUCUCUCAACUUUGCUUGUACAAAAAAAAUCAUUUUGCACAUAUUCUGUAUGAGCCUCGUCUCCAUAAAGCCAAGGCCCUUCUGAUCUGCAAGUGGAAUAGUAGACUUCUGCUGUGGAUCCCUGCACUUUGCUGAGGAGAAGGAAACAGAAGCUGUAAGGGUACAGGAGAUGCAGGUGGCAAUAUUGCAGAUGCUUGUUGAUAGAAAUGCAGAGACUCCCAGGCAGUUUUCUCUGCCAACCAAUCAGAGCUCAGGCAGUUUUCUCUGCCAACCAAUCAGAGCUCAGGCAGUAUGCUGUGCCAACUGCUCAAAGAGCAGGAAGCCAGCUCUGCAAAAUCGGAGUUCAGGCAACCCGCCCAUUUCGAAGAGAGGUGGUGAUGGGCUUAUGUAGAUCUCUCCUUGUUUUUGCUGUUUGAUAUUUUAUUGAAAGCAUGUUCCAAUUUUUAUUUUUGAAUACUUUAUUUUAUUGUAUUUUAUUUUUUGAGGGAGAGGGGUAAAGGGAGUGUUUACAAAAGUUUUGUAAUCACCUACCUUUUAUUUUAAUUUUUCACCUUUGCAAAUGUUUAAAAUUGGUUUGAUUACGUUGUACUAUUUAAAAUUUUGUUUUUCUCCAUUGAAAUUUGGUAGAAGCUAAUAACGAUGUUAGAAGAGUUUUGCCAACCAUUAUGUACACCACAAUUUGUAAUUUUAUUUGAAAUUAUGGGAAACUCCUUUUUUGUUGUUGUUUUAUAAUUUAAAGAUAGUAGGCAAUGCACUUGAUAUAGUCUUGCACAUAUGAAUGAUCGAUUUGGAUUCUUUUUAAUGCUAGGUUAUUUACGGGUGAGUGAGUGAGUGAGCAGGGCUGAGUGAGAGAGCGAAUGCACGCCUGAAAGUGUGUAAAUGCAUACAGUUCUUCACUUCCUGGUUAUAACUGCAGGAGAACUGUAUCUGGGGUCAUUUGAG